CCUGGUUCCAUUUGGUUUGUAGCUGGUGAUUUGCAGACGGGACAUGGGAAGGCUUUCCUCUUUAGCUUCAAGGUCAAAACCUUCACUCCAUAACCUCACAAAAUCCCCAAAAAGCGUUUCCAUUUCACCACAAUUCCCACUCACUCAACCUCCCCCUUCAUCUUCAACAGGUAACUCUCCCAUCAAUCAUCACUACAUUUCCCAUUUUCUCUCCAGAAAUGAUUGGUUUGUUCUGCUCAACCUCGAGUUAAAAGCCAAGAGACUAGUCUUGAAUCCUCAGUUCGUGAUUAGUCUCUUGCAAAAUCAAGAUAACCUACUGUCCCCUUUGAGAUUUUAUAUCUGGGUUUCCAAUAUCGACCCUUUAUUCGCAAAGGAUCGAUCGGUCAAGGCCACUUUAGCUAAUGCCCUUUAUCAGAAAGGUCCCCUUUUGUUGUCUGUUGAACUGGUUAAUGAUAUUAGGAAUUCAGGGUUUUGUGUCACUGAAGAUUUGAUUUGUGUUUUGAUUGGGAGUUGGGGGAGAUUAGGAUUAGCUAAGUAUUGUGCCGAGAUAUUUGGGCAGAUUUCAUUUUUGGGUCUUAGACCUACUACGAGAUUGUAUAACUCUGUGAUUGAUGCUUUGAUAAAAUCUAAUUCACUCGAUUUAGCUUAUUUGAAGUUCCAACAAAUGUCAACUGAUAACUGUAAACCGGAUAGGUUUACAUAUAAUAUUCUCAUUCAUGGUGUUUGUAAAACCGGUGUCGUCGAUGAGGCGGUUCGGUUAGUCAAGCAGAUGGAAAGUUUUGGAUAUUUGCCAAAUGUGUAUACCUAUACCAUCUUAAUCGAUGGGUACUGUAAUGCUGGGAGGGUCGAUGAUGCGCUUAGACUUCUCGAGACGAUGAGGAAGAGGAAUGUGUUCCCCAAUGAAGCCACCAUGAGAUCAUUGAUUCACGGUGUUUUCCGUUGUGUUGCUCCACCUAAGGCAUUUGGGUUGUUGAUAAUGUUUUUGGAGAAGGAGCCUAUGAUGCAGAGAUUGGCUUGUGAUACUCUUCUGUUUUGUCUAUCGAAACAUUUUAUGGCUAGGGAAGCUGCAUUGUUUAUGAAGAAACUUUCGGGGAGAGGCUAUCUGCCUGAUAAUUUGACAUUUAACCUUACGAUGACAUGUUUGAUAAAGGGAUUUGAUCUUGAUGAGGCAUGUCGGAUUUUGGAUAGCUUUAUUGAGCUCGGUUUGAUACCGGGGUUUAAUACAUAUCUUGCACUUAUGCAAGCCUUGUACGGUAUAGGAAAAUGCGCCGAGGGAGAUAGGUAUUUCGACUUGAUGACUAAGGGUGGGUUGUUAUGCUCCAUUAUUUCGUAUAACAUGGUGAUUGAUUGCUUAUGCAAAGCUACUAUGAUGGACAAGGCAAGAAACACUUUUAGUGAGAUGUGCCUUAGAGGUAUAGCUCCUACUCUUGUUACUUUCAAUACCCUUAUUGAUGGGCAUUGCAAGAUCGGACAAGUACAUGAGGCUAGGAAAUUUCUGGUAUUGCUUCUAGAGUCCGGUUUUGAUCCAGAUAUCUUCACAUUUAGUUCACUAAUUGACGGACUUUGUCGAGCACACAUGCUUGAUGAUGCUUUUGAUUGUUUCUCCGAAAUGUUUCAGUGGAAUGUCACCCCGAGUGAUGUUACAUACAAUAUAUUGAUUCGUUCUUUGUGCAUAAUCGGGGAUGUUGCGAGAGCAAUGAAACUUGUAAGAAAAAUGCAGUCAGCCGGAAUAAGUGCUGAUGUUUUCUCUUUCAAUGCUCUCAUUCAAUGUUUUUGUAGAAUGAAGAAGAUCGAGGACGCUAAAAAGCUUUUGGUCACCAUGCUGACGUUGGGAUUGGAUCCCGACAGAUAUACUUAUGGUGCUUUUGUUAAGGCGUUUUUCGAAUCCGAAAGAUAUGAUGAAGCGAUUGGGGUGUUUCACUCGAUGGAAGCGAAAGGUUGUUUUCCUGAUCCUUAUACAUGCAAUUUAGUUUUGGACUCUUUAGUCAAGAAGGGUUACUCGGAAGAUGCCCGGGAUAUUAUAAAACGAUGCAGCCGGAGGAGUACUAAGGUAAACGUGAUUCCCGGGCUCUAGGAUUUGUGUAUUUAAAUGAUGAUGUUGGGAUUUAGGCUGCGAAGGGCAGACAGAUUAGCCAGUGGUUUUCAAACCACGGCCGAUGCAACGGAACAUCAGGCAGUCUAUUCGUUCAUUCACGUCACGCUAUGUGCUCAAAAAGUUAUGCUUAUUAUAUGGUGGGAUAUGUGAGUGCAGUUGCUAGAAGAACUGAGCAAUGAACUUCACUCGGCACCAUUUACUUUCAGAUCAUCUUAAACUUUUCAAAGAAAUACUGGUAUAGUGAAAAAGAGGAAGAAGAAAGAAAUUUCGCUACAUACUAAAGGAAGUUUGUGGCCGGAAUGAAGAACGGCUAUCGCGUUCGACGGAAAUGAGUUGAGGGUGGUGAGUUCCAGCAGCUAUAAGUUUCCCCAGGAAUUGACAUGGUUUAUACUUGAAGUGCUAACAUAAUUGAAAUGUUCAUUUUCAAUUAAGCCUAUUAUUGCAGUA